AUGUCCGGCUUUUGGAAUUCCAUAGACUUGCAGUCUGAGCAGUCGGACGGCUCAUCCGUCGCUUCUAAUCCCCCCUCUAACACCCCUUCUCCUUCACGGUCACUUCUAUAUGAGCCUGACAUUGCAGAGUACGACUUAGACCUUCCUGAUUACGAGUCUGAAUCUUCUGAAGACACCAUCAGAAUCAUCAACAAUGUCUCGGAUUUAGACGAAGCAGAAACUCGUGAAUGGCGCAGUCUUCGAGACGAUCUCGAGGAAGUGGAAAUUCGGGAACGUAGCACCCUUCACAGAGAAGACACCGGUCUUGAAGAAGAGGAGGCUGAACAUCAACCUCAGGACAUGGGCACCUACGUUCCCGACCCGAAAUUCACCUUCCUUUUCGACCCUGGCCGUCACCACCCCCAUCACCAACACACAUGCUCCAUUUGCAUGAUCUCCCCCCUUCGCAUCCUUCCCGCUACCCAACGCCAGAGCAUCUACAAUCAAAACAACGAUUCUGUGCCUUGUGUGCUACCGUGCGGUCACAUAUUCGGCCAAGCUUGCAUCCGUCAAUGGAUGCAAGACCACGACCAAUGCCCCGUUUGUCGGACUCCCAUGGUUCACGAGCUGUGUAAACACAAGAUUAGGCUUAGACCACUGUGGAAGGAGACCAUCUGGUUGGUUCCACGGACUAUUCCUGACGGGGGGAAGAUUGCUGCUUUUUGCUCCACUUGCGAGGCGGUGGAGAGGCGGGCGGUGAUCAAUGGGUUGAUGGAGACGCUGGGGAGGUUGUAUUAUGAUGCGAAGCUGAGGUGGAAGAGGACGGGGAGGGAGAAGGAUCGGGUGCAGAUGGUGAAGUAUAGGGUGAGGAUGGAUGACGAUUUGAAGAGGUUGGUGACGAGGGAGACGGUUGGGGAGUGGUACUAGGCUUUUGAUCAAAAUAGAACUUUUUGUUAUUUACUUUUCUUGAAUACACG